AUGCAGUUUUGUACUGCAGGAACCAAAAAGGAAUAUGCGUUUGAUAUACCUUCUAAAUGCAAAGCAAACGUGACGAAUCAGUGCAACCUCAAAGUUGUCAGAAAAGUAGUUGACAAUGAUGCACAUAAAGAUCGAUUUGUAGAGUCAUGCUUCCAGCCACUAAUAAAUAUUCUCGAGAUCAUAUUGUCCUCGCAAAUAGUCCACCAAGUACUUCGUAAGACAUUGAAAGCGUCCGAAAAUGAGAAAGAUGUCGUGUGGUUCAGAUUUGGGGAAAAAGAAGCUAGAUUCGGGUUACAAGAGUUUUGUCUUAAGAAGCAGGGGAAGAUCAAACGCAGUGACUUACUCAAGAAAUUUCAUAAGCUGGAUAAUAAGAAAGACGCGGAGACGAAGUACAAAUUGGGACUCGUGACGAUCUUGGAGCAUGUUGUUUUGUCUGCAGAGUGCGAGACUCUUGUAGAUGAAAGAUGGUUUAAUUUAGUUGAAGAUUUAGAAAAAUUCAACAGUUAUCCUUGGGGCAACUUAUCGUAUCAGCAGACUGUAAAGUUGUUCAAGCGGACCUCUUUCGGGAAGGGAAAAAAUCCACAGUCCAUAAACUAUUCUUUGCAUGGAUUUCCCCUGGCUAUUAUGAUUUGGGCAUUUGAGGCGCUACCUGACUUAGGAAGAGAAUUUGCCGAAAUAAAUAAUGGUGUCCAAUUUUCAAGAAUGUACUGUUGGAAAAUGGAGAAACAGUUGCGAGGCGAGCUGCUUACUACUUUUUUCAAGAGAGCGGAGAUUCAAGUUCGACGAACGUUGGAAAUCUCUUCAUAUGAAUUUGAGUCUUCGUAUUUCAACGAAUUAGGUAUAAUUGUCGAGGAAGAAGAUAGUGUCCGUCAAGAUGAGGAUGAAGAAUGUACUGCGACCAAAGAUGAGGGAGAAAGCAGUGCAUCUUCUAAAGCUGAUGAUGAUGAUGAUGAUGAUGAUGAUGAUGAUGAUGAUGAUGAUGAUGGUGAUGGUGAUGAUGAUGAUGAUGAUGAUGAUGAUGAUGAUGUUGUGGAUGAUGAGAAAGAAGAAGAAGAAAAAGAAGAAAAAGAAGAAGAAGAAGAUAAUGCGUCCCAACCUGAAGAUGCACCACAACCUCAUGUUUUGGAUGAAGAAAAGAUCGCAAAUAUAGUUAGGAAAGUGGUGAAGGACGAGGUGAGAAAAGUGGUGAAGGGGGAGAUGAACAAUUUGUUUGAGAGAAUGAAGAAUGAGUUUUUUGAAGCAAAAGAUAAACUAUCUAGCCGUGCUACUUAUGAUGUGCCAAAUGAUGAUCUGGAUGUUGAGGUGGAGAAAAAUGUGUGGGAUACGGAGACCGUUGAAUGUGACACGAUGAAAUCACCAUCUCCGAUGUCCGAGCAAGAAAUGGCUGGACUUCAUGGAUUUGAUACGGGUUUUGUGACCGACCCGUCAUCAACCAUUGUUGUGUACCAAGAGACAACCGCAGACACCAAUCGAGAUAGAGGAAACCAGUACGACCCUUAUAGGCCAAUGGAUCCAGCUAAACUUGAAGAUCUCCAAACGUGGUUGUCGAGCUACUUAUCUGCUGAAGUUGAGUUGUCCUCUGGUGGUGGUCUAGCACAUAAAGUUUUUUUUAAUCAACUUGUGAACAAUGGAUGGCUUACUAGUGAGCAUGUAGAUGAAGCGCUUUUUCACAUUCGAGAGCGUGGUAAACAGUUCCCUCUCUUGUUUAGACAAGAUUGUGCUGUCUUGGACACAUUUUUUGUCUCGUACGUGAGAAACUUCUUCAAAGACAUGUCGAAGACUAAAAAAUUUUCGAAGGCCUUGUGUAGUUACGCCGCAGGGGAGAUACCCAAUAAUGAAAAGCCGUGGGCUGGUUGUACGAAAUUGUAUGUUCCUUUCUGCAAAGAGGGCGGUCGCCACUGGAUCUUACUGGAGAUUGAUCUAUCCCAGAGAUGCAUUUACGUCUACGAUAGCGAAACAAGUGUCAUGUAG